AUGUCAGACUUGAGAGAGAUCUUAGUCAUUGGUGGAACGGGUGCCCAGGGCACUCCAGUUGUGAAAGCACUCUCUGAGAGUGAACGCUACCGCGUGAGAGUAUUGACUCGAAACUCCAAGUCGCGACGAAGCCUAGAACUAGCCGCUUUGCCGAAUGUUACGCUCGUCGAAGGUAGUCAAGACAACUUGGAGGAUCUUCGAAGAGCGUUUGAAGGCGUAUACGGAGCUUGGGUUAACCUGGAUGGGUUCACUCUUGGCGAGAAGAACGAAGGCUUCUACGGCGUCAGGGCCUAUGAGAUAGCUAGACACCACGGUGUAAAGCACUACGUUUGGGCCAAUACAGAUUAUGCGCUUCGCAAGUCGGGCUGGGAUGAGAAAUAUCAUUGGGGUCAUAACGACGCCAAAGGUCGUAUCGGCGACCUAAUACUCAGCCAUGGCCAAGAAGGCAUGAAGACGACCCUUUUUACUACUGGGCCAUACAUGAAUAUGCUCUUCGACGGCAUGUACGUGCCAAAGGAGCAAGACGACGGAUCCUUUGUCUGGGCAAAUCCUGCCAGCAAUGGAAAGAUACCAUUGAUAGCUCUCGAAGAUGUGGGCGUCUACAAUCUUUGGAUCUUUGACAACCCACAGGAAUCAGCUGGGUUUGAUCUAGAGGUCGCCACUGACCAAGUCAGCAUGGCCGACAUUGCAGAAACAUUCACCAAGAUCACUGGCAAGAAAGGAGUCCACAAGAAGCUACCUCUCGAUGAAUACUUGGACCUUGCUGAGCCAUACCCUAACGCAUAUGCGAACUGGGCAGCGGGCCCCAAUGCCAUUCGAGACAAGGAUAUGAUGACUUGGCGAGAGAACUUUACGGCUUGGUGGCGGUUCUGGGGCGAGGGUAAGGGAGCGACCAGAGACAUGGCAUUGUUGGAUAAGAUUCAUCCUCAAAGAAUCAAGACAUUGGAAGAAUGGAUGCGAAUUGUAAACUAUGAUGGAAAACGGCGCUCGGUUAUGAAAGGCCUCGAAGACUUGAGAGCUCAGAGCUCCGCAACUAACUAG